AUUCAAGUUUCUAGUCCCUGGGGCAAAGGAGGUGGGAAUGGGGUGCUGUUUGGCCAGGAGGAACAAGGAACCUGUUGGAACUAGCCUCCUCCUCCUCCUCCUGAAGCAGCCUAAUUCCAAGAAGUUUCUUCUGGCCAAACUCCUCUUUUCCACACACCCCUUUGCCCCAGGGACUAGAAACUUGAAUGAAAAAGUAAGGAAAAGCCAAGAAGUCACUGGAUUGGAGCUUGGUGGCGCAGUGGACUUAAGUGCUGUUAAAGUACUACUUAGCUGCCAGCUGACUGCAAUUACUGCGAGUUCAAAUGUCGCCAGGCUCAAGAUUGACUCAGCCUUCCAUCCUUCCGAGGGGUGACCGGGAAGAAUGUUCUCAUCAGUGAAGCCAUAUGAAAACCAGCGCUACUCAACUUUGAAGAAGGACUGUCAGAGGAAGAAAAUCUUGUUUGAAGAUCCGCUCUUUCCAGCCAACGAUGACUCGCUCUUCUACAAGUCUCGGAUUCAGGGGAUCCAAUGGAAGCGACCCAAAGACAUCUGUGAAGACCCCCAUCUCUUUGUGGAUGGAAUCAGCUCCCAUGACUUACAUCAGGGGCAGGUGGGCAACUGCUGGUUCGUGGCUGCCUGCUCAGCGUUGGCAUCCAGAGAGGCCCUAUGGCAGAAGGUAAUUCCGGAUUGGAAAGAGCAAGAAUGGUCCUCGGAGAAGCCGCAAAAUUAUGCCGGGAUUUUCCAUUUCCAGUUCUGGCGUUUUGGCCGGUGGAUCGACGUGGUGAUCGACGACCGGCUGCCAACCCUCCACAACCAACUCAUCUAUUGCCCCAACUCCAAGAACGAACUGUGGUGCGCUUUGGUGGAAAAAGCGUACGCGAAACUCUCGGGAUGCUACGAAGCCUUAGACGGAGGCAACACGGGCGAUGCCUUGGUGGAUUUUACCGGGGGGGUCUCGGAACCGAUUGACCUGGUCGAAGGAGGCUACGCCAAUGAUGAAGCCAAACGAAAUCUCCUUUUUGAGCGGGUGUUGAAGGUUCAUAACCGAGGAGGUCUCAUCAGCUGCUCCAUCAAAGCCGUGUCAGCCGCCGAUAUGGAAGCCCGGCUGGGCUGUGGCCUGGUCAAAGGCCACGCCUAUGCAGUCACCGACGUCCGGAAAGUCCGCCUUGGCCACGGCUUGCUGGCCUUCUUCAAGUCCGAAAAGCUGGACUUGAUCCGGUUGAGGAACCCUUGGGGGGAGCGAGAGUGGAACGGCCCCUGGAGUGACACCUCAGAGGAAUGGCAGAAAGUCAGCAGCAGUGAACGAGAGAAACUCGGAAUGACCGUGGAGGACGAUGGAGAGUUUUGGAUGGCCUUUGAUGACUUCUGUACAUACUUCACCGACAUCAUCAAAUGCCGCCUGAUCAACACGUCCUACCUGAGCAUCCAUAAGACGUGGGAAGAAGCCGUCUUGAAGGGCUCCUGGACGCGGCACGAAGACCCCUUGAAGAACCGUUGUGGAGGCUGCGUCAACAACAGGGAUACUUUCUUGCAAAACCCCCAGUAUAUUUUUGAUGUGAAGAAAGCAGAGGACGAAGUGUUGGUCUGCAUCCAGCAAAAGCCCAAACGGACCAGCCAGAAGGAAGGGAAGGGAGAAAACCUCGCCAUAGGAUUCGACAUCUUCAAGGUGGAACUCAACCGGACGUAUCGAAUGCACGCCCUACAGUCCAAGGUCGCCGGCUCCAUCUACAUCAACUCUCGAAGUGUCUUCCUGAGGACGGACCUGAAAGAGGGUCGCUAUGUCGUCAUACCGACCACUUUUGAGGCUGGCCACGUGGCCGAGUUCCUGCUCAGGCAGUUCACAGACGUGCCUUCUGACUUCCAAGAACUGACCUUGGACGAGCCCCCUCACACCUGCUGGAGUGGAAUGUGUGGCUAUCCCCAAUUGGUGUCCCAGGUCCAUGUCAUCUCGGCUUCCGGGCUGAAGAACCAAAGCGCUGAAGAAGGAGUGGAUCCUUAUGUGAUCAUAAAGUGUGAAGGGGAGAAAAUCCGAUCACCGGUGCUAAAAAACACCCUGACGCCGGAAUUUGAUGUUAAAGGACUUUUCUACCGCAAGAAACCGAGGCAGCCGGUCAUAAUUCAGAUCUGGAACCACAACCUGAUCACAGAUGAGUUUCUGGGUCAAGUCGCCUUGGUCGGAGACCCCAACGAGCUUCAGCCUUUGCACAUUCUCCACCUCCAAGACAGAGGGAACAAACGGGUUUCGGAUCUGCCCGGCCUUCUUAAGGUGCAGUUGUUGAGUAGCCAAGUUCUCACGAGCAUCUGAGGCCUUCUCUCGCUCUGCGCCAUCUUCCACGAUUCCUCGACGUACGUCACUGUGUGUGCUUGUCGGUUGUCUCCAUAGACUGUGCAUGUCUUCCCUUUUGAAAUGGGACCAGCCCUUCUAAGUUCCACCUGGGUUGUUUUUCACAGUUUGACACUAAAAGGUGCCUUUUUUCCAAGAAGCCAAAAUGCCACGUCUUCCUCCUCCUCCUCCUCCUCCUCCUCCUCCUCCUCCUCCUCCUCCUCCUCCUCCUCCUCCUCCUCCUCCUCCUCUUCUUCUUCUUCUUCUUCUUCUUCUUCUUCUUCUUCUUCUUCUUCUUCUUCUCCUCCUCCUCCUCCUCCUCCUCCUCCUCCUCCUCUUCUUCUUUUCUUCUUCUUUUCUCCUCCUCCUCUUCCUCUUCUCUUCUUUUCUCCUCCUCUGCUUUUUCUUUUCUUCUUCUUUUCUCUUCUUCCUCUUCUUCUCUUCUUCUUUUCUUCUUCUUUUCUCCUCCUCCUCUUCUUCAUCUUCUUUUCUUCUUCUUUUUCUUCUCCUCCUCCUCUUCUUCUUCAUCUUCUUUUCCUUCUUCUCCUCCUCUUCUUCUCUUCUUCUUUUCUACUUUUUCUUCUUCUCCUCCUCCUCUUCUUCUUUUCUUCUUCUUUUUCUUCUUCUUCUUCUCCUCUUCUUCUUCUCUUCUUCUUCUUUUCUUCUUCUUUUUCUUCUUCUCUUCCUCCUCUUCUUUUCUUCUUCUUCUUCUUCUUCUUCUUCUCCUCCUCUACUUCUUCUCUUCUUCUUCUUUUUCUUCUUCUCCUCCUCCUCUUCCUCCUCCUCCACCACCUCCUCCUUCUUCUUCUCCUCCUCCUCUUCCUCCUCCUCCACCACCUCCUCCUUCUUCUCCUCCUCCUCCUCUUUCCUGGGAUAUCAUCAGUAACAAGAGUUGGAAGGUCGACUCACACAGACAAAUUUCCAAGCCAAACGCUCUGUGCAAAAACUGACGGAGGGACACAACUCCCCUCUGGGCACACGUGUGUGUGACCAGCCUGUGAGUCGCAUCGCCAUAUUUGCCAAAGGGCACAUUCUUCACCGAUGCACCGUGGGUGGUGCUGUCGACAUCCUUGGAGGGCAAAGCUAGGGAACGCGAGACGGACAGCCUCAUCGGACAUGAUGUAUGAUAUCUGUGUUGCGUUGUGGCGCCUCUGCAGGAAUUGCAUAAUAUCUAAGCUUAGCCACGGAAGUCUUCACAGCUUAGUUUGCAUUUCAUUAACCAUUCCAGUCCUUCAAAUGUCUUCUGCUGUCUUCCUUUUGAUUUCAACAGGAGUUUUUUUGAUAUUCAACAGGAGUUUUUUGGUUUCAACAGGAGUUUUUUUAUUAUUUCAACAGGAAUUGCUUUCGUCUUUCUGGGUUUUUAAAAGUAAAUUUUAAAAUGAAUAACGAAGUUGAGUGUUUCAGAAGCUGGAUCCCAUCUCCAGUAUCCGAUAGAACAGUGUUUCUCAAAUUCAAGAACUUUUAAGCCCUGUGGACUUCAACUCCCAGAAUUCCCCAAGCUGGUUGGGGAAUUCUGGGAGUUGAAGUCCACAUGGUUUAAACUACUGAGAUUAAGAAACACUGCCCUAGAUUUACGAUUCACUAACCAACCAGUGGAUCUUUCCAACUUGCCAUAAGUCCUUGAAACAGAGCAGGGAAAUAUAUAUAUCUAUCUAAAUAACAGUAUUGCAAUAAGGAAAAAUUUUCCAGAUCGGAGGUCUUCCCCAAACAUUGUGGUGAUUGUUAAAUUCACACCCACCCCAUUUAUAAGUCUGUGGGUGCACAAUAGGAAAAUGAAAUGAUUUGUCUUUUGGCCAUAUUUUUCAAGAGUAUUUUCCAAAUAAAUGUCCAGGUGCCACAGAACAUUUUUGAGUCGUUGAAGUGCCAUUGGCUUGUUUUAUUUUUACUCUUGGUUUGUUCGUUUGUUUGUUUUUUAACUCUUCCUAUAGAAAUUUCCCAUGUAAAAUAAACCAAUUUUUUUGUUUUUGAAAAGUUAGAUGGAGUUGAAUUUCCAUUAUGGAACAGUCUUUAUCCGUAGCAUCGUCCAAGAGCAUUUUUUUCGGGGUUUUUUUUACAGAACACCCCAAAUUCAUUUGAAGCUUUUUCAAUUUACAUUCUGAAGAAACAGCUUCCUUUAAGUCACUAAAUGAACUGUUGUAAGUCAAGGGCUGCCUUCCCUGUACCUUUUGGGCUUCUGCUAAUCCAAAGGGGUGGAAAAAAGUCAUAUUUGUGUUAGAAUCAAACUUCAAUUUUGGGGGCUUGGGGAUCAAACUGUAGAGAAAUAAGCUUUCAACGAGAGAUGACAAAUUUUGAAAGUACCGUGUUUUGCCAAGGACCAAAAGUGUUUUCAUUUCUUCUGUUUUAUCCUCCUUUUAAAAGAGCAGUGAAUGCUUAAUAUUGUAGUAAAAUUAAUGUGAUCUGUAUCCCUGCAAACAAGGAUCGAUGACAAAGAUUCGGACUAAGGGCAGUUGUGCUAAACCGUAACAAUUCACAUGUUUUCCGUCAUCCUGAGAAAUCAACCACCAUCCUAUCACCUUGUUUCCACUACAGUCCAAACUCCUUAUUCCUUUUGCGUGCCAAAUGAAAUAAAUCUACAAAUGAAAGCAUUACAGGUAGUCCUCAACUUAACAACCACAAUCGAAGCCAUACGUUGUCGUUGCUCAGCGAGACAAGUUGCAGAGUGAGUUUUGCCCCGUCCAAAAAUUGGAUAGUCGCUUAAUCUUCUGUUUAAUUCAGUCUCCUCAAACCUUAGCAUAAACCCAUCUACUUUUGAAAUUCCAAAUCGUGGAUCAGACAUCUGUUACCCUCAAUGUGCACGUUGCGUCCUUUUUAACUGCUCUUUAUUGUCACACACAAUUUUAUGACCUUCGUUGAAUUAUUCUUUAUUAAUAGCCUUUCUCAACGUUAACAACUUUUGGAUAGGUGGACUUCAACUCCCAGCAUUCCCAGUCGACAUCCCGGCUGGAGAAUACUGGGAGUUGAAGUCUGUAGAUAUCAGCUACGGCAUUAUGGGAGUUGAAGUCCACCCAACAUAAAUUGAGAAACUCUGCUUUACAAUACAUCUGUUUUUGUAUCUUUUUUUUGUGGUUUUGUCACUCGGUGUGUCUUUUUUGAAUGCCUUUUCCUUCCUUGCAUUUCUAAUAACUUGAAGAAAAAGUUAUUGAACUCGGGAACAUAUUAACAUUAUGACUGUCCCUGCAAUUACGAUGUCAGGUAAAUCCGAAGAUGUUUGAUCUCUGAUUUCGCUGGUUCUAUCAGCCAUUUUUAUAAGUUAUGAAGUCUUGUGUCACUUGCACUUUAUUCAGCUUCGUGAAAUAUAUGAAUGCAGAUUUGGGGGAGAAAUGUCUUGAUUAUAUGGGAUUUUAAACGCAUUGAAAUAAGCCGGCUGUACGAGAUUUGUAAUUAAAAGCCAAAACUGAACCAACA